AUGGCCCUAGGUCUGCUCCUGCCCUACCCUGUCUGUGAGGCCACCUCUCUGGGUGCAGUGGUCAAUGUUGUCCCUCUAGAGAAGAGUGGAGGAAAUAUGGUGAGGUUACACAUUGUUAAUUACCAAUGCUGUGAGGGCCCACUACACCGUGAUCUCUGCCCUUCCCUGUCCUACGUUCUCCGGAGUGUGUCAGACAGGGAAGACUGUGUCGUGCAUACCACCUCGUUACCCUACACAGGACAGAAGCCCGCCUCAGGCUGGUGUGUCCGCCAAUGGCAGAGGACCAUUCCCAGCAACUACAAGGCCAACGUGAAUGUGGGGUCCAACGUGAAUGUGUUUCUGUUCUUGUGGGCUGGACCCUCCAACCAGUCUAACCCAUUGAGACUAAACCAGCCCCCUUACUGCAGCCUGCCUCCUCCUCUCAGGGCUCGUGUGAACUGCCCACGUCACUUCCCACUGACGGUGAAGGACCUGGAUGGGGACACAGUGCUCUGUCGCUUUGCCCAGGCUGACCUUGGAGAAUGCCUUGACUGCCCCCAGUACAACUUUCUGAAGAUGGAGGAGGAGACGUGUACUCUGUUGUACAACGGUAAAUCGUCCGCUGGCCAAUACUCUGUGCAGCUGAUGGUGGAGGACUUUUCACGCCAAACCCAAACCAACAAACCCAAAGCACUCAGUUCCAUUCCACUGCACCUGUCCCUUACAGUGGAGGAGGCGUCCUCAAGCUGCACUGCUGAGCCGGUCACUACAGGACUGACACCAACAGGGGGAGCCACCAUCUACGUUCUGCCCUAUGAGCAGAUCAACGUGUCUGUCACCUUUCAUUCUGACCUAGAGAGCGUGUCAGAAAUAGUUGUGGUUGGUCCCCUGGCCUCUUCAGGACAGCGCUGGAAACCAAGGGUUCCCUGGCCACCAUGA